UUCCAGGAAAGAACCCCACCCCUACUCCAGCCAGGUCACAAUGGCUGGAGCUCUGAGGGGUUCAGGCCCCCUGAACCAGGAGGAGAGGAGGAAGUCCAAGGGAAGAUGGCUGGCAGUCACCCCUACUUCAAUCUGCCUGACUUCACCCAGCCAUCACCGCCCUCCACUCCACCCAGCCUCUCCUCGAACCAGCGCUGCCGGCCCUCCGAUACCACCAAGGGCCUGCUGGUGGCCCUGCUGGGUGGGGGCCUGCCAGCUGGCUUCGUAGGCCCCUUCUCCCGUAUGGCUUACCAGACUUCCCACUUGCCCUCAAUGGAGCUACUCAUGUGUCGAUGCCUCCUGCAUCUCCCCAUUGCUGUGCUACUCAAGCUGCGCGGUGACCCACUGCUUGGACCUCCGGAUAUCCGAGGCCGCGCCUGCCUUCACGCCCUGUUCAACGUACUCAGCAUCGGGUGUGCCUACAGUGCCGUUCAAUUGGUGCCCGUUGGCAAUGCUGCCACCAUUCGAAAAGGCUCUUCCACCGUGUGCUCUGCCCUCCUUGCCCUCUGCCUCAAAAGCCAAGGUCUCAGUGGCUAUGACUGGUGUGGCUUGUUGGGUAGCACCCUGGGACUGAUCAUCAUUGUGGUACCUGGACUAGGGACCCUGCAGGAGGGCACUGAAGGUCUCUACACGGCCCUGGGCUACGUGUUGGCCUUCCUGGGAGGCCUGGCCUUAUCACUGGGACUUCUGGUCUACCGCUCCCUGCAUUUCCCCUCUUGCCUACCAACAGUGGCCUUUCUAUUUGGCGUGGUGGGGCUAAUGGCCUCUGUGCCAGGACUUUUUGUGUUGCAAACCCCUGUACUACCCAAAGACCCUCUGAGUUGGAGCUGUGUAGCGGGAGUGGGGAUCCUUGCCUUAGUCUCCUUUGUGUGUGUGAGCUAUGCGGUCACCAUGGCCCACCCUGCCCUGGUCUGUGCUGUCCUUCACUCUGAGGUAGUGGUGGCCCUGAUGCUGCAAUCUUGUGUGCUCUAUGAGACUGUGGCCCCUUCUGACAUCAUGGGGGCAGGGGUUGUGCUGGGCAGCAUAGCCAUCAUUACUACCCAGAACCUCAGCUGUGAGAGGGAAGGGCAAGUAGAGAAUUCCUUGAGGGGUCCCCCAUCUUAUUCCUGAAACAUGCUACAAGAAGGAGGACGUCCUACUGUUUAGAUUCCCCGCCGGGUGUGGUGGCGCACACCUGUAAUACCAGCACUCAGGAGGCUAAGUGGCUCAGGCUGGAGAUCCAGGACUAAGUUUCGGUGCAGCAUGUCACUAGAGGUCAGGAGAUGUCCACUCAUCCUUAGAGGCCAAAUAUCGGCUGCUUCCGGACGAACGAUUAGACUCGCCAUCUUGAUCUGCUCAUGCAUAUUCACCAGAGACUGCAUAUUCAUGACCAAGGACGGCCCCACCCCGCGCCUCACCCCCACCCCCAACCCCACUUGAGUGGAACCGACCGGACCCGCCUCCAUUACUGAUUCGCAGAACAGACCAUUUUCCGGUUGGGGGGAAAUACUAAUGACUUUUGCUGAAGAUGAAACCGUACUCCAAUGCAGAAUAAAAGCGGCCUAAUUUUAUCCUA